AUGGUCACGUAUAAUCUGUCAUACCUUAUCAAAAAAUUAAAAGGCUUGGAAGCAGUGUGGCAAUUUAUGGAAUCUGUUGGACGCUUUGGUGAUUCGCCAUUUUUGUGGACACUAUACGGUAGUGGAGAGCUACCGCAAUGUUUUGCCCGGCUCUGUGCUGUUUUUGGUGGAAUUUAUUGCUUAAAUCGUUCGGUUGAUGGUUUUGUCAUCGCCAACGGGAGAGUAGUAGCGGUAGUGACGCAAGGCCAACGAAUAAAUUGUAACUACUUAAUCGCAAAUGGGGCAUAUGUGCCACAGCAGUAUAUAAACACCUCACUGGAAACGCGAUUGAAUCGAGUUAUGAUGAUCACAAAUCGUUCUAUUCUACCGGACCCCGAGAAAGAACAUAUCAGUUUAUUAAAUAUCGCCACUUUGAGAAAUAUAUUCCCGUAUUUACUGGAAGUUGGAUAUGAAGGUUGCGUAGCACCAAAAGGAAGAUACGUUGUUCAUAUAACUGCACGAAGUAACAGCUGUGCAGGCACUGUCUUCAAACCUAUCACUGAUCUUUUUUUCAGUGUGAUGAACAACGAAGAAGUGAAGCCUCAAAUCUUGUGGUCUCUUUAUUUUGAUUUAGUUUUACCAUCGGUAAUUUCCGAUAUCUUGCCCACAAAUAUGCGAGUUGUCCCAAGUGUUGAUGAACAUCUGGAUUAUACCCGGAUUAUUUGCGAGGUUAAAAAAAUUUUUGAAGAGCUCUGGCCGGAUCGCGAUUUUUUGCCACCCUCGCUGGUUGGAGAAGAAGAAGAAGAAGAAAGGGAUUUUGAUAUAGCAAAUGUUGAGAGGGAACAGAAAGUCACGAAAGAUGAAGUAUUCUUGAACGAAAUCAUAUAA